CCGAGAUGACGUUAGUGGAUGGAUGGAUGCAUGGAUGAAUGUGUCGACAGGUGGCUCGAUAAUGGCACCUGACAGACACAGCGCACACAAACACCCCCCACACACCACCAAUACACACCUGCGGGAUGACACUGGUGGUGGUACUGACCUUUCGCGAUAUCUACGAUAGGCCUGACGGCUCGCUGCCGGUGCUGUCCUCCACCAUGCUGCCAAGCGACGCAGAGGCCUGCUCUGGCACAGCAGCAGCCACGUUCGCAGCUUCAGCGGCCACGUGGGCAGCGACAGCGGCAGCUAUGUGCUCGUCCUCGACAGCGGACUCGGACAACACCAUCUCCAGAGCCUCUGCAUUGCCCGACACAUCAGCCACGACAGCACCACCACCACCACCCCCACCAGUGGCAGCAGCGUGAGCAGCAGCGACGAGGUGAAAUGGGCAUGGUGGCGAUCUGAGAACAAUGCAUCAAUAGUCGGCGCAGCACACACACACACAACCAGAAAAGAGGUUUCUUUCGUGCCGUGUUCACUCUGUCUGUCUGUCUGUCUGCAUGUGUUCCCCUCCCCAGCCACUCACGGUGAUGCAUCGAGGUCCGGCAGGGCCAGCGAUGGCAUCCCCGAACUAUUUAUCCCGAUCCAUCUAUCCAGCCAUCCACCCACCAAUGCGCAAACAACACAUCACAUAACAUCACAUCCGCCAUGCCGAGGCCGUGCUGUCUUGUGUUGUGUUGUGUUGUCCACUCACAAUUGGUCGUCCGCCGCAGCCGGCACCUCAGGCGACCCCUCAGACGGCUCCACAUGUGUGGAGCCGUACUCUGGCUCCGGCCCCUCCUCUCCUUCGGGCGGUAUGUACGGCGCCCACGGCAGCGGAAUGGCAGGUGCCUGGGGAGGCGGCACCCACGGCAAUGGGAUGGCCGGGGCCUGGGGCGGCGGCGCGUAGGGCAGGGGAAUGGCCUGGUUCGGGUUGGCUGGGAGGGGGGCCGUGGGGGGCGGCUGUGGCGGUGGUGGCGCUGGGGCUGGUCCGGGAGGGACUGGCUGGGGAGGAGCGCCAAAUGCCGCGCCAUACCCCGGAAUGCCAUCCAUAGUGUCGGGAUCGACCCACCAGUCACCUCCCUCCCCUCCGAAAAAACCCCACAUGUCGUCCAAACUGCAACCAAGCGCACACACACACACACACACAUACAUCCAUCCAUCCACCGUCGCAUCCCUGUGCUCGUGUCACCUGUUUUCCGAUACAUCAUCCGGCCAGAAAGCGCCGCCGAAGGGCACCCCCCCGCCAGGGGGCGAUGGGUGAGGCGUGGGCGGCCGGUACGGCGGCAUGCCCUCAUAGAAAUACGGCCUACACCAGCCAGCCACACACAACACAGAUUAAAACACAGGUGCGUGGUUGUGUGCUUGUGUGUCUUGUCUGUCUUGUGGGGCUGUUGCUGCUGCUGCUGGUGCUGGUGCUGCUGGUCUUUGUUUGUUUACAUCUUGCAGACGUCGCAUUUCUUGGCGACGCUGCUGCGCGAGCUACGGCCUGAGAGCAAACAACACGCACAGAGGCAUCCACGAAUGGAUAAGUAGAGCACCCCCCGGUGUCAUUGUGCAUUGACGUACCGGGCGCCGGAGUCUUGAUCCACUGUUCUAGGCACUUGGUGUGGACCCACUUGAUGCUACCCUUACACCCACACGGUGCCACCAGCGGCCCGUCAUCCGCGGCAUCGGGGUCGUCCUGACACACACACACACACACACACACACGAUGGAUGCCACCCACAAUGAUAAUCGCUUCCUUCCAACGUACGUACCUCCGAGAGGCGACAGAAGCGGCAGGUCCUCUCCUCUUUCUCCAGCUCUCUCUCCCCCUCUACCUCCCCAUCUCCCUCCCCCUCUCCCUCCCUAGUAUCGGCCGUCUCGGUCACCUUGGCCAUCCCAUCCCGCCCACCCCUGGAUCCGCCCAGCCGCAGACCGCCAAAUGCCGCAUGGAACAACCCACCCAAACCACCACCCUGCUGCUUCGACUGCUGCUUCUUGCUGGUGGCCGUGUUUGGCGGCGAGGGCGGCCAUAGCCCCGGACACGGCGCCAUCGUCGGAGGGUGCGAUGGUUUGCUGCCUGGUGCAGGUGCCGGUGCUGGCGAUGGCCCCUUGAAGGACGUCGAGCAGUGCGGCCCCGGCGCGUAUGACUCGGGCGUCGGUGGGCUGCCUAGUGCAGGUGCCGGUGCUGGCGAUGGCAAUGGGUUGGGCGAUGGCCCCUUGAAGGUGGACGAGUGCGGCCCCAUCGACGGGUAUGGCGGGACGAAUGGCGGGCAGGGGGGCGGGGGAGGGUACCUGGGCGGGGGCAGGCCAUGCGGAUGGGAGUGGGGAUUGAACUUCUGGGUGUACGGCAGGGGCUGGCUGGACGGAGCCGCCUGGUCAGGAUGGGUUGCGUACUUGUUGGGGUACGGCACGCCCUUGGGUGGUGGUGCUGGCAUCGUCGGCUGCAUCCCGUGCUGCUGGUAGAGGGCGUGGAGGAAGGGCGAAGGGGCAGCGGGGGGAGGGCCAUUGGGCAUCAUCUUCUGCGCCUUCAUUUUGGGCGACACGGGGGGAGGGAAGGCCGUCGGCGCCGGCUUCUCCUGGGCCACCUGAGGCUCGAGUGUGGCGCCGUAGCCAUGCAUGUGGUGGGGGUAGAAGUAGAGAGGGUCACCAUAGCCGUAGCUAUGGUGAUGGUGAUGAAGAUGGUGCGAAGAGGGCGGUCCGCGAGGCAGCGGUCUGCUGGGCGCCCCCGGAUUGUACAGCGGCGGACGCAUAGUAUCGCAACAACUGCACACACACACACACACACACAUUUCUGCAACUGGCAGUGGGGAUGCAUGCAUUCCUCUCUCCAUCAAUGCGUUCUCUCACCUCGACAACCAAACCGGGAGGGCUCCUUAUCCCUCACUGACACAUUAGUGCGCUGAACAAGCUCCUCGCCGUCCCAGGAGGACUGGCUCGUCCGGUCUCGGUCACUUACUCACAGUUGGCCGCUCGAGAGGACGGCGGCUCAUUAGAUGAUGAGUCCUCAACGCCGCCUGCCCUCUGCCGUCCUCCACAAAGCGCCGAAAAAAGGUCUCCAA